UUUGUUCUGUAAGCUUGCUAUAUUCCCGACCAGCUGUGUCAUUUCGUUAAAAAACAGUUGUAUUCAAUUUUUGCAAGCCGCACAGUUUUGUUACAAAAUGGAUUGCAGAGGGAGCAAAGGCGACAAAAAGAAGGCAAGUGAUAGGCAGUACCAAAAUCCAACUAACCCAAUAACUGGGGAGAUGACCCACCAAAGUGGUCGGAUGGAACCUGACCAUCGUGGAAGUCAAAGCCAUGGUUUUAAUGAAAGAUCGCCAGGCUACGUUGCGGGAACAAGGGGUUACGGGCACAGACAUACCAGUGCGCAUUAUCAGUCUCACUAUGAUGAAGAGGAAGUCAUGGAUCAUGACGGCGAUACUAAACACCACGGUGGAAGCAGGCGUGAUUUUAUGCAGGCGCAGAGACAGCAGUUCCGCUCUCUUCAAGCUAGUAAACAAAUGCUGUAUGAUGUCUAUGAACAAAACAUGGGUAUGAUCGAGGAGCUAGAGGCCCGAGACAGCACAGAAAUGUCACAAAAUACAGGAGGGUUUAUGCCAUACAUACGCUCAAAGAUCAGCCUCCCUACCCAGAAACACAAAGCUAGAACGGACGUAACAGCUAUCAUAGAAGCGGAGAUAGUUUGUCUGCAAACACAGCUGAUGGUAGCUCCCAAAGAGGUCGUGGCCUCAGCUACCGAGGAGCUGAUAAAGAAAACCCUCUUAUGGCUUGCUCAUCGUCAGGACAUGGCGGCACCACUGGCGCAUUGCGAUGGUUAUGCUGUCAACGUACUUGAGCUGCUGUUGCAUGGCAACGCGGAAAUACAACGGAGAGAGAAAGGACCGAAUGCCGGAAGGCUUGAUGAAGACACUGUUAAUGGAGUAAUGGGAGGCUUUCAGGGAGCCAAGCACAAGCAGAAGUUACAGGACGAGGAGUUCCGGCGGGAUGAGAAGAAACAACCCAAGCUUAGUGACAUAAGGGGUGGGAAAUCUUUGUUGUCAGGCGUUCGUCGGGUUCUAGCAAUGAAGCCCAACUUGGAGCCGUACCUGUCACCUUUCGUGAACACAGAAGACCUGAGAUAAAAUGUGAAUUAAGCUAAUAAGCUAUACAUUAAAAUGUAUUACGGCACCAAAGUACAAACUCAACAGUGAUCAGACUGAUUCUAAUGUAACGUUGACAGCACUAGAUGUGUUUGUAUAUUAUCUCAUUUAAAAGGACAAAGAAGAUAAACUUUUUCAAUGUAAUGGUAGAAUAUCUCGCGCUGAUGUGGCUGCUGUUUCUCUAUUAAUUUUUAUUGUUUCGUUUUUAUUUAUUCAUUUUAUUAUAUACAGACACUUUAAUUGUCUAUACAUUCUGAUUUAUCUGCCUGUCCGUGCCGUCGAUGUCGCCUUAAAUUUACUGAGUGACUUUGUUUGGUAAAGGGACAGGUUGCUUUCGGAAAUCGGCAUGAUCGGUUCAUAUUUACGGUAGUUAUUGUUUUUUUUAAUUUUGUUUUGUGAAUCUUUUUUCCACACAUUUGCAUUUUCAGUGCCUUACCUGUAGUAGCUAAUGUAAGAGGGUAAGAGUGAUUACGCUGCUUUAAAGCAUUAUGUGACUGUGCAUCGAAAUUGGCCAAAACAUUAUUUGAUGCACUUUUUUUCUGCGUAAUGUCAGAACGUUUGUCAGCUUUUCUUCCUUGUUUCCUGUAUGAUGUCUGUAUGUUUGCCAGCUUUGCUGUCAGGUUCAUUUAUUAUUUUAAUUUUUGUAAAUGCGAAUAUGUGACAUAAUUAAAAGUGGGAUCUAAAGUGGGAUGACUUUUGAUAACUUUGCCAAUACAUUAUAAAGUAUAUUUUUAUUUCACAUAAUUAAAAUUCGAAAACAAAGCUACUGUUGAAUAAGCUACGCUGUAAGAUUAACAUAUACGAAUGUAAAAUAAGCUAUUUCACAAAAUAUAUAAACAAUUUGCAAAACGAAAACCAUAGAUUUCUGGUUAGAAAUGUUUGUAUUUCGGAACUUCGCUAGAGCAAUGUAUUGUUUUUACAUGCGCAAGUGAUUUGAGCUGCACGGCAAUUUGCUUUCUGCAAAAUGAAAUAAUUUGAGUGUUCCAUGCUAAUAUACAUCUUUGUAAUAAACUCAUAUUAAGCAGGGAUAAAAUUUUUGAAUAAACAUGUCACCUCCUU